UGGCAAUCAUUUAAAAUAAUCUUAUUAAUGUACUGUACUGUAUAACAUAGUUAAUAUACCAUGAUUGUACAGUAUACUCCAGUGUUGUAUUGUCAGUCAAUCUGCUGGACUGAUAACGUUAUACAGUACAAUGUUUGCUGGGAGAAUCGCACUGGUUACAGGUGGAGGAGGUGGAAUAGGUCGAGCCGUGUGUCGCAUAUUGGCCAGAGAUGGAGCGCGAGUUGUGGCCACUGAUAUUAAUUCUAAGUCUGUUGAAGAGACCGUCAGUAUGCUUGUCAAUCCUGGUGAGCACGUGGCCCUCUCCAUGAACGUUACUGACAAAGCCUCGGUAGAAUCAGUAGUCAAGGCAACCAUUGAUAAGCUACAGGCACCUCCUAGUCUUGUAGCUAAUAUUGCUGGCAUCACACAAGACAACUUCCUGCUUAAGAUGGAGGAGCGAUCAUUCAUGGAUGUUCUAGAUGUGAAUGUUAAGGGAACAUUUCUGGUGACACAAGUGGUAACAUCAGCUCUUGUAGAACAUGGCAUAACUUCAGGUUCUAUUGUAAACUUAUCCAGCAUCAUGGGCAAGACAGGAAAUAUAGGCCAGUGUAAUUAUGGUGCAAGCAAGGCAGCAGUGCAAGGCUUAACAAAAUCUUCAGCACUAGAGUUAGCCAGGGUGGGCGUGAGGGUGAACUGUGUGCUUCCUGGAUUCACACAAACCCCAAUGGUAGAAACUGUACCGGAGAAAGUCCAGAAGAAGGUGUUGAAGCUUACUCCCCUCAACAGAUUUGCACAACCUGAAGAAAUAGCUGAAGUGGUGGCAUUCUUACUGUCUGACAAGAGUAGCUUCAUGACGGGCUCCUGUGUCGAGGUGACCGGUGGACUUGGCAUGUGAUUAUUAAAGCAAGAGGAACUUGAUUAUCACACAAAUAUUUUUUAACCUGUUGAACUGAAUUUGAUACUGAUUUCUUAUAACCUUUGUAAUAUGUUUUUAUUAAUGAUAUAUAUAUUAUAUUUAAAGUAUUUAAAGAAGGAAUAAAAAUAUAUAUGGAG